CGCAAUGUUCUACGACUUAUAUAUGGAAAAGAAGCAGUGUCAAGCAGUACAUAUUUUUGAUUCAUUACGGCAUCAACUAAUUGUACGUUCGAGGUUUUAUUUAACCGACAUAUAGUGCACUAUGUCUAAUAAAAAUGAAAAGAUUGGUAUCAUCGGCAGUGGUUUAAUUGGCCGCAGCUGGGCAAUGCUAUUUGCCAGUGUGGGAUAUCAAGUGACAAUUUACGAUAUUGUUCAGGAACAAAUUACGAAUGCUCUCGAAGACAUUCAAAAGCAAUUACAUCGUCUGGAAAAAGACGGUCUCCUUCGUGGUUCUCUUUCUGCUGCUCAACAAUUUCAACUUAUCAAGGGAUCAUCGAAUUUAACUGAAACUGUAAAAGGUGCAAAAUUCAUUCAAGAAUGCGUACCAGAGAAUUUACAGUUGAAAUCGAAAGUUUAUAACGAUCUCGAUAAGGUCAUCGAUGAUAAAGUUAUUUUAUCGUCAUCCACGUCGACGUUCCGCCCUUCGCUUUAUAGCGAGAAAUUGAAACAUCGAGAUCAAGUGAUCGUGUCUCAUCCUGUAAAUCCACCGUAUUACGUACCUCUGGUUGAAAUAGUUCCAGCACCAUGGACUCGACCCGAAAUACCAAAUCAAACAAAAGCCAUUAUGACUGAAAUUGGUCAAUCACCUGUCGUUCUCAAUAGAGAAAUCGAUGGAUUUGCAUUGAAUAGAAUACAGUAUGCAAUUUUAAAUGAAGCAUGGAGAUUGGUAGCUGAUGGUGUACUUAAUGCAAAAGAUAUAGAUGCAGUAAUGAGUGAAGGUCUUGGAAUGAGAUAUGCAUUUCUGGGUGCUUUCGAAGCCGCGCAUCUUAAUGCCGAAGGUAUGAAGAAGUAUUGCGAGGUAUAUAAUAAAUCAAUUUAUGAUGUAAGUAUGACUUUCGGACCGGUACCAAAAUUUGUCGGAGAUAUGGCAGAUAAAAUUAGUAACGAAUUAAACGAGAUGUGUCCUCUUGAUAAGUUACAAGAACGACGUGCAUGGAGAGAUAAGGCGUUAACGAAGUUAUCAAUCUUAAAGAAAGAGUUGAAUAAAGAAAAAUAAAGUUACAGUUGAUACUACAAUAGAUAUUCCACAACAUACAAAGUAUAAAAUACUUUAAUCUGAAUUAAAUAAACUAUUCUUUUUAUCAUCCUAUGUAUAUAAUCGAAAUAUUAUCUCCAUAUGGGAGUUUUCUUUCGCAUAAAUAAAGCUGGAAGUAAAUUAAAA